CGACUGAGUUUGUCCAAACAUCCUGUUGGACAUCUGGGGCGGUUUGAGGAGACGCCAUGGGAGCCUCCAGGGAUAAGGUUUCCCUCCUCUCAGGGCUUCUGCUGCUGGUGCUGUGUGUCACCUCGUCUCUCUGCCAGGAUGAAUACUCUGGAUACCUCUCAGGUGAGAAGCACACCUAUGAGUCGUCUGCAGUCGACCACUAUAACGACAAAGGCUCUGGUCGAUCCGAGCAUCAACUUGAGCCCACUCAGAUCUAUGAUGAAGAACAACAGCUAGUGGAGGAGGACUAUGACCCACCCAGCGUUACUAUGUUCACCGAAGACGUCUUUCCUUUCCCCAUGACCACAGAGUCCCACUACGCGAAGGAGGACACUGAGACCAUGCAGGUGCCUUUUAAAUACCCAGCCGGACCGGACGCAGACUCCUCACAGGAGGAAUCGGGAGGCGAUGCGGCUCUCGGACAGGAGGGUCCGACUGAGUGUGACUGUGAACCUGGAGAGCCCGGUUUUGCUGGUUUUGCAGGACCAAAGGGGUCCAGAGGUCUACCAGGUCAAACUGGCCUGCCUGGAAUCCAAGGUAGAGAGGGAUAUAAAGGAGCGAAAGGAGUUCGGGGAAAAGGAGGAGACACUGGACCUGUUGGUGAUGCUGGACCUGAAGGAGAAGAAGGAGCUUCUGGUUUCUCUGGCGGGAUGGGAGAACCUGGACCUCAGGGUGACCCAGGUGAGCGUGGAGAGCUCGGUCUGAAGGGUGAUGUCGGUAUGGAGGGCCCGCGAGGAGGAGCAGGAGCUGCUGGUGAGACUGGAUCUCGCGGUGACCCAGGUCCUCCAGGGUCGAGAGGAGGUAAAGGUGUCAAGGGUUCUCGUGGUGACCUGGGUAAGCAGGGUCCUCAGGGAAGAGAUGGAAACAAGGGUCAAACAGGAGCGCCCGGGUUUCCAGGUGACGUUGGAGAGAGAGGCAACGCUGGUUAUCCAGGGCAAACAGGACCUUUUGGGCCAAAUGGACCAAAGGGCUCUAAAGGGUUGGGUGGCUUUCCAGGAAGCAGUGGCGACCCUGGGGAGGAUGGUCCAAUAGGAGUCCCAGGUGUGGUAGGAGAACCGGGGCCAUUUGGUGUCAAGGGCAGUAAAGGGGAUCGUGGUGUUCGAGGACCCCGGGGCAGAAUGGGCAGAGUGGGAGCUCAAGGAGAACCUGGAGAUGCUGGAAUACCAGGAAAACAUGGACCCAAAGGUCUGCAGGGUCCAACAGGAGCCAAAGGGGAAACUGGACCUGAUGGACAGAAGGGUGCAGGAGGCCGGAAAGGCCUGAAGGGGGAGAAAGGCCAAAAGGGAGGAAAAGGUGUCCAUGGAGACAGAGGACAGCGAGGACCAGUAGGCACAGGAGGCCGUAACGGCGUCCCAGGUCCUGUCGGACCACCCGGCAUCCCUGGCUCCAGAGGAGACCGCGGUCCAAUCGGUGACCCCGGUGGAAAAGGUCGUAUGGGACCAAAAGGAGCUCCCGGUCCAGCUGGUCCUGGUCUGACCGAUGAACAAGUCCUGCAGCUCUGUAGAGGCGUGGUCACGUCCCAGUUAGCCCAGUACGCCGCCUCAAUCCGAGCCAAGUGCACCCAGGGCUGCCCCAUCAACAACCAGACUCUGAUCGGGCCUCCCGGGGCCCGGGGACCAGCGGGGCCACCUGGCAGAGCUGGCAAAGCAGGAAAAGCUGGAGAGAAGGGAGCCAGAGGUGUUCAAGGACAGAGAGGACUGGAGGGACAAAAAGGAGCUGAGGGACAAAGAGGUCAGAAGGGAGCUAAAGGCACGACAGGAGAUCCAGGUAAAGGCCUGCAGGGUUCAGAUGGACCGCAGGGACCCAGAGGUGAACAGGGUCACCAAGCAGAACCCGAAAAUGGGACGGAGGGUCCACGCGGGCCCCGUGGUUUCCCUGGCUCGGUUGGGCCUCCUGGUUCGGUCGGGUUCCCUGGCGUGCCGGGAUUCUGUGAGAUGCGGGACUGUGGCAUUUAUGCACCGGUGAUGCGCAAAGAGCAGGGCCUGGUGAAAGGACCCGCAAGCUCAAACAUCUGAGCCUGAAAAAAACUCCAAACAGAACAGAAUUUCUACAUCCAACAUUGCAGUUUAUUGUCAUAAUCUGCAUUAAUAUGUGAGAAAUUGUUUGUGCUUUCAGGACGAUAAUAGAUGUCACAACUGAUGGUACAAAUUGAUCAACUAAUCAAUUGAUCAGUUGAUCAACUGAGAAGUUGCAUAAGAGCCAGAAAAAAAGGGAAAUUCUGCAAGAGCUCAAAUUUAUUCAGCUGAAUUUGUUGAUAUAAACUUAUGAAAAAUUUAAUUAUUUAACAGAGAUUCCUUCUUUGUCUAUUUUUUCCUCCUCCAA